GCGGCGGGCGCGCUGACCGCUCGCGCCCCGCACCCUCGAGGGCCUGCCGGGGCGCGCGGGCGGGGACGGCCGGAGCGGGCCCGGGCGGGCGUGAGCGCCGAGGAGCGCGCUGCCUGCAUGCAUGCAGCGUUAGCCCCGGGCUGCCGAGGCGGCCGUGCCGGAGCCGGAGGGAGCGGGACGCGGAGUCCGCGAGGCGCCCUGGGUCUCCGCUGGACCAUUGUGACUUUGUAGAGCGCGGGUGUGCUGCAGACACGAGGACCUGACUCUUGAAUCUCCCGUCGUCUGGGCGAGCGGGAGAAGACUCUUGGUAUUUUCUGACCCAACUCGUGGAUUCGAACGUGGCUCCGCUCCGAGCCCAGCCGGCGACUUGUUGGACCCCAGCCCUGGCCGCAGCCGCAGCGCUCGCGCUGGGAAGACUGUGCCGGGUGCUAACGCGGGAGUCUCCGUGUGCACGGCGUGCGGGCCCGAAGGCUGAUUUGGAGGGGAUCCCGGGAGAACCUAUUUGGGAUUUGCCGUGAACAGUAUGGAGGAGAAUGACCCGAAGUCCAGCGAAGCGGCGGCGGCGGCGGCGGCGGCGGAGGGGCAGCGGCAGCCGGAGUCCAGCCCCGGCGGCGGCUCCGGGGGCGGCGGCGGCGGCGGCGGCAGCCCGGGCGACGCGGACACCGGCCGCCGGCGAGCGCUGAUGCUGCCUGCGGUUCGGCAGGCACCAGGCAACCACCAGCAUCCGCACCGCAUCACCAACUUCUUCAUCGACAACAUCCUGCGGCCGGAGUUCGGCCGGCGCAAGGACGCGGGGACGUGCUGUGCGGGCUUGGGAGGAGGAAGAGGCAGCGCAGCCGGCGGCGAAGGCGGCGCGAGCGGCGCGGAGGGAGGAGGCGGCGGCGCGGGCGGCGCGGAGCAGCUCCUGGGAUCUGGCGCGCGGGAGCCGCGGCAGAACCCGCCGUGUGCGCCUGGCGCGGGAGGGCCGCUCCCGGCCGGCGGCGGCGGCGGCGGCGACUCUCCGGGUGACGCCGAAGGCGGCUCCAAGACGCUCUCGCUGCACAGUGGCGCCAAGAAAGGCGGAGAGCCCGGGGGCCCCCUGGACGGGGCGCUCAAGGCUCGCGGCUUGGGCGGCGGCGACCUGUCGGUGAGCUCGGACUCGGACAGCUCGCAGGCCAGCGCCAACCUGGGCGCGCAGCCCAUGCUCUGGCCGGCCUGGGUCUACUGCACGCGCUACUCCGACCGGCCUUCUUCAGGUCCCAGGUCCCGCAAACCAAAGAAGAAGAACCCGAACAAAGAGGACAAGCGGCCGCGCACGGCUUUCACGGCGGAACAGCUGCAGAGGCUCAAGGCGGAGUUCCAGACCAACAGGUACCUGACGGAGCAGCGGCGCCAGAGCCUGGCGCAAGAGCUGAGCCUCAACGAGUCGCAGAUCAAGAUCUGGUUCCAGAACAAGCGCGCCAAGAUCAAGAAGGCGACGGGCAACAAGAACACGCUGGCCGUGCACCUCAUGGCGCAGGGCCUGUACAACCACUCCACCACUGCCAAGGAGGGCAAGUCGGACAGCGAGUAGGGCGAGCCGGGCGGCGGGCGGGCGCAACAAUGCAAUAAUUUAAAAUCAUAAUAAAUAAAGGGCCAGUGUAUAAAGAUGAUACCAGCAUUAAUAGUGAAAAUAUCGUGUAUUAGCUAUGGUUCUGCAAUAUUCUAUGUGUAUAUAAUUUACAGGUGGUGUAAAAUCCGAAAUAUCUGACUAUAAAAUAUUUUUUGAGUUUUUUGUGUUUAUGAGAUUAUGCUAAUUUUAUGAUUUUUUUCUGAAGGGGGCUGCUUAGGGUUUCAUCUUUUUUUAAUCCCCUAAGCUCCAUGAUGGGACAUCGGACACUUUUUUUAAUUAUUAUUUCAAAAGAAGAAAAAAAAUUAAAACAACUUGCUGAAGUCCAAAGAUUUUUAUUGCUGCAUUUCACACGACUGUGAACCGAAUAAAUAGCUCCUAUUUGGUCUAUGAGUUCUGCCACUUUGCUUGUGUAGGCUUGGUGAGGACAGCAGGAGGGACCCCCUGCACUCACACAGGGUACCCCGCGGGGAGUGAGGACCUCCAGGGUCCUUGCCGUGUUUCCGGGGCUUGGCCAUGAGAAGUGGCCGCCAGGGCCUGCCCCGCAAAGGCGGCCCCGCGCCGCCGGCGGCACAGGCCGCCGCCUGUCCUCGCUCACCUCCUGCCUCUCUGUCUCUCUCUCUCUCCCUGGUCCUCCUCGCUGAGGUCUGGCCCGCGCCUCCUUGCGUUCUCCUGUCCGCGUCUGUGUCGCUGUCGCCAGCCUCGCCGCAGCCCCACCAUGAGCCGCCGGUGCACGGCUCCCGGGCCCUGGGCACCGCCUGGGCAGCGGCGGCAUCUCGGGGCUGCAGGGCUGAGGGGCCUGUGCCGAAGCCCUAGAGCGGUGGGGCGAUGCUCCUUCCCCCCAGGCCGCUCCCCAGUUCCCAGCGGCUCGGCUGGCGCCCCUGGAACGGGACCGCGGCCUGCCUUGGGGCUCGCAGAGGGCUCCGGCCACGGGAGUUGGCAUCAUCUUCCUUUCUUGUUUUCUUCCCUCUUUUUUUUCCUUUCUUUCUUUUACUCUUUUUUUUUUUGAGUGGUCGCUUCUGCUACAGAGAACGUUCUCCCAAGUUAAGUAUUUGUAUUGUGCAUACGUACAGAAGUAUGCAUGCAUGCGGUACACACAGCCAGGCCUGUAUGAGCCCACAGUUCUGGAACAUGUGACUGUCUUGACUUUCCAAGGAACUCAGAAUCCUCCAGAAGGAAGAAAAUCUGUAAAUAAUCAUUUCUUAUCACUUUUUUGUCUUUUCUUGUUUUUUUAAAAAUAUACAUUUUAUUUUUUGAAGGUGUGGUACAGUGUAAAUUAAAUAUAUUCAAUAUAUCCCCCCACCAAGUACAUAUAUAUAAACAAACACAUUAUCUAUAUAUAUAAAACGUCCCACUGUCUUCUGUUUAGUGUACGGGGAAAAGUGUCCAGUUGUCCUCCUGGGCCAGAAGAUGUGGCCAUCGGUGAGCUGUCCUCCGAGGACGAAGGGUGAACUUCUCUCUUUGCCUUAAACCUCUUGAUUUCACUGCGAUAAUAGUUUCACUUUGUACAUAAUAGUGUAAGCCUUUUAAAAAAAGGAAACUAUAAAAAGCAAAAGUUGUAAUUUAAAAUUUCUGUGGAUAACCAUCUGCUGCUUCAGAAAUCCAAUGAAAUGACAUGCCUUUUUAGCAGGAAGCAAAGUUGAUUUGGAUUUUUUUUUUAGUUUAAAAAACAUGUGCAUUUUGCAGUUUCGGUAUCAAAUAUUUAUAAUCUUAUGAGAAAUGAAUGAAUGUUUCUAUUUACAUCUGUGGCUAUCAAAAUUGUGAACACCCCACCCCUCCCCCUGCAUUUUCGUGUGUUUGAAAUUCUUGGAAGUUACGGUAAAUAAAAAGAAACACCUCUUUAUUACAAAA